GUGGAGGGUGGGUUGUGUUUCAGUCCUGGCUAACUGCAGCAGCAGCAGAGCAGCUCGCUGUUUGCUCGCUGGAAGGACGACUGAGAGGAUUUAAGGAGGAAAGGCUGCGCGCUAACACAGCAGACUGAGUGUGUUCUCAGCUGGAGGACAAUCAAAGAGGCUGCAUCUGAAAAUACACAGUUUGACUUUUUUAACGAAUCGAGGGUGAGCGAGGACCCGGACCUGGGUGUUAAAACAUGGGAGACCAGAGAUCCGUCCAGCCCUUCCUGGUCCUGCUGCUGCUCCUGAUGCUCCUCAACAGACUGUCCCAGAUGUGGGCUUUUCCCUUCAGCCCGUCCCUGGACCUGGACGUCACUCCGAGGACGACUGUCUUCUCCAAAGGCAUGCUGGGCAGCUCUCGUUUCAGCGGCUCGUCCCUGAACUACAGCACCCUGCUGCUGGAGGAGGACGUGGGGCUGCUGUACGUGGGAGGAAGAGGAUCCGUCUACGCUCUCAACACCUCCAACAUCUCCACACCUGCAAACCUCAGCAUUGAUUGGGAUGCUUCCCCCGAGCAGAAGAAGCAGUGUCUGAGCAAAGGCAGAGACAAUCAGACAGAAUGUUACAACCACAUCCGUUUUCUGCAGCGAUACAACGAGACUCACCUGUACGUCUGUGGAACCAACGCCUUCAAACCUCUCUGUGCUUAUAUAGAUGCAGAGCGGUUCAGCUUCUCCUCCGGGUUUGAGGAGGGCAGAGACAGAUGUCCAUAUGACCCGGCAAAGGGAUACACCGGCCUCCUCGUAGACGGUGAGAUGUUCACGGCUUCUCAGUACGAGUUUCGCAGCUCGCCAGAUGUGCGGAGGAACUUCCCCUUCCCCACGCUGAGGACGGAGGAGGCUCCCACCCGGUGGCUUCUGGAGGCAGAUUUCGUGGGCUCAGUGCUGCUGAAGGAGAGCAUCAACAGCUCUAUCGGCGACGAUGACAAGAUUUACUUCUUCUUCACUGAGAGGAGCCAAGAGCAGGUCGCCUACCCGAGCCAGACCAAGGUGUCCAGGGUUGCUCGAGUCUGCAAGAACGACUGGGGAGGCCAGAGGACCCUGCAGAGGAAGUGGACCUCCUUCCUGAAGGCCAGGAUGGUUUGUUCGGUCCCAGAGUACGAGCUGCACCUCAAUAUCCUGCGCGACGUGUUCGUCCUGCAAGGAAAAGACGCCCAGAGCAGCAUUUUUUAUGGCAUCUUUGGACUGGAAUGGAAGAACAUCAAAGCGUCUGCUAUCUGCCAGUACGCCUUCUCAGAUAUACAGAAGGUUUUCGAAGGGCCCUACAUGGAGGUGCAGGACUCAAAGUGGAGGGAGUACACAGGAAAAGUUCCAGAGCCAAGACCUGGAUCUUGUAUGACAGAUCUGCACAGGUCUCAGGGCAUCAACUCAUCUCGAGACCUUCCAGACAAUGUCCUCACCUUCGCCAGAAGACACCCACUGAUGGCUAACCAGGUGCACCCGAUGGGUGUGCGUCCGCUGGUCUUCAAGAGGAGCGUCAACUACGUCAAGAUAGUGGUGCACAAGGAGCCGGCACUAGAUGGGAACAUUUACACCGUUCUGUUUCUGGGAACUGAUGACGGAUGGCUGCACAGAGCUGUGGACAUCGAUGGAGAAACGCACAUUAUAGAAGAGCUGCAGAUGUUUGAUGACCCGCAGCCAAUAGAGAGCAUGGUCAUAUCCUCAACUCUGAGGAGCAUCUACGUUGGCUCGUACUCUGGAGUGGUGCAGGUGCCAAUGUCAGCCUGUCAGAGGUACACUUCCUGCUACGACUGCGUGUUCGCCAGAGACCCGUUCUGCGGCUGGGAUGGCAAAGUGUGUGUGGAAGUCUCCUCCCGCGCACAGAGGUCAAACCUCACCCAGGAUAUCUUGAGAGGAGUCAGAGGCUGUAAGGAGAAUUCGGGAAACGUGGUCCAUCGGAGGCGUUCGGUGAUGUCCGGCGACGACGUUCUGCUCCAAUGCGAACUGCGCUCCAACCUGGCCACUCCACGCUGGACGCUGAACGGGAAGGAGCUCCAAGGAUACGGCCUCAACUCGGGCUACCGCAUCGGCACAGACGGCCUCCUCAUCAUCGGAGCUCGCGUUCAACAGAGCGGCUCCUAUCGCUGCUUUGCCGUGGAGAACUCCGUGUCGGUCCUGGUUUAUCUUUACACUGUGAGGGUUCACACAGAUCCCUACUUCCCCGUGGAGCCCACAGUCACAACUGACCCCACGACCGUCGCCAGUCCGACUGCUUUGUCCACCAGCGGCCCCACCGAGCAGCCUCUGCCUUCGCCUCCCGCCCCGUUGCCUCCAGAACCGGCCUUCCAGACCUACAGGCACAUGGAAGCCGUGUACAUCUCCCUGGUGGCGGUCCUCGGAGGGCUUUGCCUGGUGCUGACUGUGGUGCUGCUGUACGUGAGCUUCUGCACCAGACGGGCCUCUCAUGACCGCAAGUUCUCCCACCAGGGUCUGCAAGUUCUGGGGGCCUCCGAGAGGAAGAGAAGCUCCCAUCUGGAACUCAAAACCAUCUCCAGCCACUGCAACGGCCGCCAGGGUCGUCGCUCCAUCUCUGUGCCGACCUUCGGGGACAUCGGCGACGGCUUCCUCCAGAUAGUUCCAGGUGAAGGGCAGCUGUCUCCAUCCAGGACGCCUCCCCCAGCUCCUCCUCUCCCCAUGCCGCCUCCGCUCCCCAACAUGGACUACGCCAACGGACUGUCGGCCACUCUGCCCAGCGUCCUGCGGAAAAUGAACGGGAACAGCUACGUCCUCCUGCGGCAGGCCGACCCCGAUGGCAUGUCGCCGCUCUACCACUCCUUCACGGAGGAACUCAACAGGAUCCUGGAGAAGAGGAAACACACACAGCUGGACCUGCAGCCUGACGAGAGCUCCAUCUAGGACGCCUCCCCUCAGCUACCGUCCCAACAGUUAUUUAUUUUCACCCCGUAGUCGUGGGGACUGUCGUAAGAAACGCUGCUGUUAUUUAACCCAGUGUCAGAGUACCUGCAGGUCGUGUCCUAAGCCUGAUCUGAAAUGUGCAGCCUCGUGUUCCUCCCAUGAUUUCACUCUCAACACGGACGGACAACGUUAACCAGAGAUUCAAAAAGUGGAGCGGUGACAAAUUUAUCGGCUUCAUGAGUAGGGAGCUCAGUGAUGCUACCUCAGGCUUGUCAAAGAUGGUCAGAUGACACAAAAAAAGCAGAAGAUGCAACAUUGGACCUUGAUAAUAAGAAAUAAAUCAGGCCAGGAGGCAAACAAGCAUUUUUAAGACUGGGAAGUCUUCAAGAAGUAUUUGUUUCAUGUAAUAUUCUACGGAGCUUAAAGUGAUCCUCCAUCUAGACUAUAUCUUCUGUGCGUUGUUGCUAAACAUUAGGCUGCUGUGGAAUAGUUGAAAACUACCUAACAUGUCCAACCUGAGGACCUGAGGACUUGGCCUUGCUCCUGUCUGGACCGGACUCAUCAACAACUGGCUCCAUUUCUGUGGGAAAGGAGGGGCUGUUCAUGAUUACAAAUAUGUUGCACAAUCGUCAUGCUUUGGAGAGGAAUCAGUGGCUCAAAAGGAGGCAUACCCACUUCUCUAUAUGUAGUAAUGCCAAAUCUAUACAUGCACUAACCUACCAAACUAAAGGACUACUAAAAGACCUGUCCAAACGCUAUCUCCUUCAACAAGCUCAAAACGAAGCAGUGCAUUUAUCUGUAUUGUCACAAAAGCAUUGUGUUUGCAAAAUAUUGAGCCUAUGGGUGGACAAGGAGAAGCGAUUGUGCUGCAGAAAUGGUUUUUCAGAGGUUUUCUACAGUGAAAAUCCAUUGCAGGGCUGUGACUAAUGAUUAUUUUCCUAAUUGGUUAUUCACUGUCAGAAAGGUAGUGAAAAUGCCUGUCAGAAUUCCUCACUUUUCCAAAUCGGAAACCCAUCAUUGUUCGACAUUUUUGCUCCUCGGUCAGUUUUAGCUAAUCACUGAGAGAACUGUCUGUGAACCCUCUGAACUCUAACUAGUUUCUGGGUGUUUUUAACUCCAAUUUAGUUGUUCACCUCUAUGAAAACAGCACAACCAUGACUGCCUGCGGUUCAACCCAGUUCUACCAAAAACUCCCUGAAUUUUUGGCAGGUAACUGUUGGUUCCAGCUAAGUCACAAUUACCUUCAUGUUUGCAAUACGAAGGGUAGAAUUUUUUAGUUUUUACCAAAUUUAAGUAGACCAAACUGGUUGUUGUUGGUGCUUGUUUAUAUCAGAUGUGUUGGAUAAAGUAGUUUUGAUGAAAAAUCACAGUUUAAAUCAUAGACUUGGUUAAUUUCCGAGAACAAAUGGCACUUUCAGAAAGCUGAAAACCAAUUAUUCUUUCUGUUCUGACAGCGUUUGGCUUUUCUAAGUGCUUUAAUUUCAGACAACAUGGGGUUCAGAGGGUUAAGCAGCCAGCUAUGAUUGUUGUAAGAGCAAAAAUAUCGACUUUGGUUGGAGUGUCGCUUUAGGAAUCCAGUUUUGAUACAGUGCAGGAGAGCGCAGGUGUUAAGACAAAUCAUACAUUUCACAGUGUUUAUUUCAACCACUCUUUCAUUUCCCUUCAUGUAAAUAGCAAUAAGUGCGUCACUGUCGCAGCUGUAAGUAGCAACGUGUUGUGCCGAUGAGAACACCUGUAGCAAACCUGGAACUACUCCUUUGUUUUUUCACCUGAAGUCUUUCUGUUUUUAGCAUCUGUGUGAGAAAAGAGAUGAAGCCGUUUCCUGAAGGAGCAAGUCAGCGUGUGGUCAGAUUGAUCGAUUUCUCUGAAGACAACAACACACACUAAAAGCAGGAGACACUGUACAGAAAAUGCUUGAACCUGCUGUUUUAUAUUUAGACACCUUCAUACAUGCCUUUUUUUUUUUUUGACUGACGGUCUAUUUUUGGACAUUUAUAACCUUAUUUUAUUAUCUUAAGUCAUCAUAGCUUCUAGAAAACACUAGUUUCUUUAAAAAUUGUGCCACAAAUACUAAAUUUAGCGCUGAUGACAGACACAGGUUUGUCCUCUGCUGCGCAAAAAAGAAGCCUCUGGUGGCAAAUGUCCAAACCACAGAGGUAAAGACCUUCACACGUGCAACCCUCGAAAGCAGCCUCCGUGUUUACCUGACAUCAGUGCAAUGCCAAAACAACAAGAUAUGCAGCGCUCACAGUAUUUCCUCAGCAAGGUGAACAGCACUAUGAUUAAAUAGUGCAUGUAUAACGUAGCGGGAAGUGACUGAAAUGAAUCCGGGAGUAGUUUGCAAACAUGUCCUGAGCGGUGGUACAUAAAGAUCCGUCUUUGCAUUGAAGUGAUGAAUCAGCUCCUGCAGCAGCUCUCCGGUGACUUGCAGCGAGCAUCCGUCAGUGUCGCUGACAGUAACAGCAGCGUUUUGGCUCACCUCCACCGAGGGAGGACAGGAGCCUCUUGUCUGUUUGCAUGAGGUGCUGUCCUCUCUGCAGGUGGAGGCAGAUGCAGAACAUUUGACUUGUGUGUCCUGGUUAGCCAUGCAGGAAACAAAUGGUGAUACAAGCAGACAGGAGAGAGUUUGCACUUGUAGGGUUUCAUACGUUGUCUUGUCUGAGGCACCUUCUGUUACUGAGGAUAUAGUCCAGGCAGUGCCCUUUAUGCAGACUGUAACUGUCCUUUUCUGCAUGGAGGAAGCUGUGUCUGACUGCAGGCCUGUAUAAUAGGAUUCAAUCAGCACGUGCUUGCAUCCAUAAGUGCACACCCUUAUCCUCUCAAUAUUUUUAUUUUUGCAGUGAAAGCACACAAAAGUAAUUGCACGUGAUUUAGCUGGAAAAUAAUUUGCAUCUGUCAUCCAUGGACAGGCACCAAAACCACAGGCCCUAACCCCCUAAAACUAACCCUAAGUUUGCUGUAUUUUUGCAGAUACUUUCCAAUUAAUUUUGCACAGUCGCGGGCGCAUAUUUUUUGCACCUAACUACAGAGAACACCAGGCUUCCCCUGGAGUGGAAUGAAGACAUUACUUUGCCUAUGUACACAUUAACUUGACAAAAUAGGAAAACUAAUUCAACGAGACUUCAAUACUGACCGGUAUUUUCUGCCUGUCAGUGCAAAAAUGUCCUUUCAAAACGUCUAUCAGUUCAGUAACCUGCACUAAUACCAGUGUUGCUAUUAUCACACAAUACUACUGAUUAUGGUCUCUGCUGAUUUUCAGUCUGCUCAAUGUUCUGAGAUAUUCUGCCGAGCCUCAGUCGCUUUUUUUGUUGGUGCUUUAAGAAAGCAUUUAAAGGCUUGUCCCUUCACUAAAUGAACUGUUUUUGAUCGUGUUACCCAGCUCUUAGUCUGCUCUGCAUUACUAUACUUUUUAAAAAAAUAGAAUCUUUUUUUAAAUUGAAGGAUUCCUUUACCGUUUAUGAAACCAUUCAUCAUUGUUGUAUACUGAAAAAAUGAUUUGCUAGUUUAUCAUUCAAGACUAGUUCUUAACUAUUUUAACAUGCCUUUGUUGUUUUUAUAUGCUAUAACAAAUAAUUUCUGCUUUGGAACUGCAUUGUACUGAUGACGGUCUCAGAAACAUUCAUUCAGACAGCCCAAGCUUCAUUCAUAAAACCGAAGAAACCAAUCUUCAACUUACGGGGUGAAGCUUUCUGUGCGAUUUUGCUUUUUCAGUAUGUCUAAACCAUUGCUGCUGAAGGAAGCAACAGUGUAGAAUUAAGUCUAAAGCAUUUUAAGGAAUAAAGAGAGUAUUUUCAUGAAAAAAAAUCUAAUUUGAUUAGAGAGAGGAACAUUUUAAAUGGUGACCAGGGUGAUAAAUGACAAAAAAGGGCAAGGCAUUAUCUAUGUUCACUGCAAUAUAAAUUCAUCUACAUAGUUUCUCUUUGGUUGUGGCACAAGCCUGGGAUGUCCACUUUUACUUUUAAAUACUUUUUUUUCUUCCUGAUGGAAGAAUCCAAAUGUGGGCAUUAAAAAAAACUGAGAUUUUCAUUGUAUGCAGAUGACUCGCUUUUAUACAUUUCAAGCCCCACUAAGGAAAUAGCAUAGCUUUUGGAUACUUUUCAUGCUUUGGGGCAAAAAUGUGUUGAAAAAAACCUGGAUUUGGCAAAGGCUAAACUUUAUAUAAUUGCAUUCUGACUGCACAUAAUAGCUAAUGAGGACCAGAGAACCAUUUUAGUCAUUUCACUUGUUUUAAUCCUCCAUUCCUUCCCUCUCUGCCACCUCCCUCGUUUCCCCGUCUCAUCACCUCUAUGUGACACCAUCGUCUAUUACUCUCUCCGCUCACAUUCACACUUUGGCUCAAGGACCCUGCUGAGUAUACAAAUGGCCCCUAAUCAGAGACAGUUUUCAAAGUGCUCUCCAGUUUGUACUUUCGCUAAUGCAGGGAUUAGAGUACUGAAGGAGACUUUGUGCAGCUGUUUAGGAUAAAUGGUGUUUUUUUUAAUCUCUAGAUGAUGUUUUCAUUGCACAAAUUCCCAAUAAGAAGCAAACGAUUAUCUGCGUCCUUAAAUUUUAAUGUAUUCUCAACGCUAAGAGGCUCGCUAAUCAAAGAGAGUAUCAAUUUUAAUCAAUGCUGACUUAUAGGUGGAGCAUUUCCUUUGAAUUAAAGUGUUUUUGUUUGGUUGCAUUUUAUUUGUGAAAUGACUGCAGCUUCUACUGAGUUGUUUCUGCACUUAACCUUUUAUUGUGUAAAACUUGAUGCUUUGAAGUUGUGGAGAGUCUUCAACUUACUGGAAGAUUUUUUAUUUUAUUUUUUUUGACCAGUGCUGCUGCUGUCGCUGCUUUAUUCUCACUGAUGGACUGUGUGUUUACAAUAGACACUCUAUACUGUACUAUGGACUUAAGAUGCACACUGUACACAAACCCACAGUAAAGCACUUGUUUUUGCAAUUUCUCCUCCAGUAAUUACAUCCUGCUGUCAAUACGCGGUUAUUUUUUAUGUUUCAUGUAGAUGUUCAUGAAUCCUUUUUUGUGUUUGCCAAAGAAACUGGUGUAAAGACUUGCACUGUUCUUUCCUGAAUCAUGUCGUGGGAACUUGUGACACUUUUCCAUCCACUUUGUUGUGUAUUAUUUCUGCUGUAGAUAAUGAUCUUAUCUGUGUGGUCUCCUCAGAAUAUAGCUGACUGCUCCCUGCUCCUUGUAAGAUAGUUAAAACCCAACUGAGCUGUUUAAAGAGAAUGGAAUUUUUAUUUAUUUAUUCCACUUCAUUAAAUUUCCACUGGUGUUUGUGCAGAUAAACAA